GAGUACGACAUCGUCUUUGCUGGAGCUGGUACAGCGGCAUGCGUCGCCGCCGGCCGACUCGCCUCUGCUUCAAGUUCUCCGGCUCUGAGGAUAUUGCUUAUUGAGGCGGGGAAGCAUACGAAGGACCAGGAGCGGUUCGUUAUGCCGGGGCGGUUCAACGAGAACGUGGAGGGGAGCGGCUUGGACUCGGACGCGGAGUCGGCGUGGGCGUAUAAAGGGGAGCCGAGUAGGUGGUUGGACGGGCGGAGGAUGGUGGCGCAUGCGGGGAGGGGGGUUGGUGGGGGGUCGAGUGUGAAUUUUAUGAUGUAUACGCGCGCGGCUGCGUCGGACUAUGAUGAGUGGGCCAACAAGUAUGGGAAUGAGGGGUGGGGUGCGGCGGAUCUUGUUCCUUUGUUGAGGAAGAUGGAGACUUACCAACCUAGAGGCGGCGACGGAUCUGGCUCAGAGUCCGAGUCGGGCACGCAUGGUCACGCUGGACCGCUCAAAGUCUCGUAUGGAGGCGUGUUCACCGAUAUUGGACGGCAGGCGCUAGAUGUGGCGAGGGUGUACGAUCCUGCGAGGCCUGUUGUAGAGGACGCGAACGACUUGAAGACGACGAAUGCAUAUGCGCGUUGGGCUAAGUGGAUCGACGGUGAAACAGGGAAACGCUCAGACUCUGCGCACGCAUAUAUCUAUAGCCAGGACCACAACAAGAAUUUGCACGUCCUAACUGAGAAGCUGGUCGUCCGUGUCAUUAUUGAGAAGGGCCGCGCAGUCGGUGUAGAAUAUCAAGAUACGGCUGGAACGACAUCCAUCGUCCGCGCGAAGCGCAUGGUCGUUCUUUCCGCGGGCUCGUUUGGUUCACCCGGAAUCUUAGAGAGGUCAGGAAUUGGCAGGAAAGAUGUGCUUGACGAGAACGGGGUCAAGCAGAUUGUUGAUCUACACAGCGUAGGAGAGAACCUACAAGAUCACAUUGUCGCUUUUCCGGUGUAUUAUGCGGCGGAUGAGUCUGAGACGGUGGACGUGCUCUAUAAACAUGGCUCGAAGGAAGCUGAUGAUCUUCAGGCACAGUGGAGAAAGGAUGGGACGGGCAUAUGCGCCCACAAUGCCUACGAUGUCGCGUUGAAGAUGCAGCCCAAUGCUCGUGACUUCAAAGAGUUGGGCCCAGCAUAUCUUGAGCGAUGGGGUGACAAUUUCUAUCGGAGGAACCCAGAUAAAUGCCUAGCCCUUUUGAUGCCUUGCUCAGGCAUUAUAGGAAGUCAUAACGACGUACCCGACAGAAAGUAUAUAGGUGCUUGUUAUUAUAUGUGCUAUCCUAUCUCUACCGGAAGUGUACAUAUUACUUCCGGUACUGACCCUCGGCAGCCACCCAAAUUUAUUGAUAACUUUUUGGAUAACGCUUCUGACGUCGCAGUCAUGCGCCUCGCAUACAAACGAUUGAGGGAGUGGAUUCGACGUAUGCCCGCAUAUCGAGGAGAGCUGCAGCUUCGUCAUCCAGUCUUUCCUGUGGGAAGCGAAGCGGCUUGCAAGGAGACGGACGGCCCCAUUUCCAUCAACGCACCAGAUUUGGUAUAUAGCGCGGAGGAUGACCGAGCAAUUGAGAAGUUUCACCGCGAAGUUGUGACCAGCGCAAGGCACGCGCUGGGCACGUGUGCCAUGAAACCGAGAGAUCAAGGUGGUGUUGUCGAUGCUCGUUUGAACGUGUACGGAGUCGAAGGCCUUAAAGUAGCUGAUCUAUCUAUAGCUCCGUCCAACGUCGCAGCCAACACUCACUCGAGCGCUUUACUCAUCGGUGAAAAGGCUGCAGCCCUGAUUGCGGGGGACCUAGGUCUCGUCAUUUGAAGCACCCACACGGGGUGGUAUUGAAGACUUGUGCUAACGUGGUUGCAUCAUACUAUGUCUUUACGUCCACUUCAAGCGUUCGGCUUCGCCGUGUAUGAAUAGUCGGAGGAUUAUGUCAUUUACAAUGUACGCAUGUUAACGUCGC